UUUCUAUAUCUUUUGACCAUUUAUUCUUGCCGACGCACUGCUUCUCUUUGUCCUCUUCUAUUAGAUCAAUUAGAUUUCGAUUCAGCUUGAGUUUCUUAGUUGAGUUCAAAGACGAUUCGAAAGCAUAUAUUUGACCUCCCUCUUUCAGUAUUUCGCUCAUUAUCCGGGAGAUUUCUAUUUUUUGCGAAGCUGGUAUCACGCGUGCUAUACUUAAGAUGUCAUGUACAGCCUUCCUGUCAAAAUUCUUAAGUGUAUUUGCAGUAUAGUGUAUCAGGUUAGACUGCCGGAAGAUAAGGAACGUGCACUGCGGAUAAAGCAAAGCGAUAUAUGUAACCCUUGAAGUUAGGAAAUGAUUUUUUUGUAUAUAAAAAUACUUAUACAGACUGAACCCUUUUCUCUUUUUAAUUAGUCUUAUACACUCAAGAGAAAUAUUAGCAUGUGCUAAAAGCGCCACUAUAUUGAAACAUAAAAUUGCGUUUAUGAUAAACCUUCUUUAUCGAAUUGUUAUUCAUUUCUUCUAGCUUUUUGGUGUAUUACGUAAUACACAAAGUGUGCUUACACCAUGGUGUUGGCCGACAUUGGAAUUCGCAUCAGCAAUGCGCUGAAAAAGAUGACAAAUUCAACUGUUAUCAACAAUGAGGUCAUUGAUGAGAUGUUGAAGGAAAUUUCGAAUGCCUUAGUGACGGCCGACGUCAGUCUGAAAAUGGUAAUUGAACUCACCAAUAACCUCAAAAAAGCAUUAGACCUCGAUUCGAUGGCUUCUGGUCACAACAAGCGCAUGAUUAUUCGCAAAGCCGUUUUUGAAGAAUUAUGCAAGCUGUUGGAUCCUAAAAUCCAGCCUUACAAGCCGGUUCGGGGAAAAGUCAAUAUCGUUGUUUUUGUGGGGUUACAGGGUAAUGGCAAGACAACUACGGUAAGCAAGUAUGCGUAUUAUUAUAAGCGCAAAGGCUGGAGACCAGUACUGCUAUGCGUGGAUACCUUUAGGGCUGGUGCAUUUGAUCAGUUGAUGCAAAAUGCAGCGGCAGCCAAGGUUCAUUUUUACGGAAACAGGACUGAACGCGACCCUGUUCGACUCGCGAAAGAGGGCAUUGAGAGGCUUAAAGCUGAUCCAGAAAUGUUCGAUUUGAUCAUUGUUGAUACCUCGGGACGUCAUAAGCAAGAAGGAGACUUGUUUGAGGAAAUGAAGCAAAUUGUCAAAGCUAUUAAUCCAAAUCAAAUUGUGCUUGUCAUGGAUGGGUCAAUGGGCCAAAUGGCGUAUGACCAAGCCAAAGCAUUCAAAGAGGCAGUAAAAGUAGGUGCAGUGAUAGUUACAAAGAUGGAUGGGCACGCAAAAGGGGGUGGAGCCUUGUCGGCGGUCGCAGCCACUCAGAGUCCGAUCAUUUUCCUAGGAACUGGUGAACGGUUAGAAAACCUAGAAGAAUUUGAAGCAGCCCCAUUUGUUUCUAAGUUACUUGGACUUGGUGAUUGGAAGGGACUGAUUGACAUAUUGAAAACAUCUACUGCUAAUGACGAGCGCUCGAAAAAUCUGAACAAAAGGAUUCAGGCAGGAAAGUAUUCUCUUCGUGAUUUGUACGAUCAAUUUGAAACAAUUUUAAACAUGGGACCCAUUUCUCAGCUUAUGGAUAAAUUACCUGGAAUAGGUCAGAUUAGCCAAGCUAAGGGCGAAGAAAGCAACAAAAAGUUCAAGAAUUAUAUCGUUAUAAUGGAUUCUAUGACCGAUGAAGAGCUUGACGUACCUAAAAUAAUCAAUCAAAGUCGUAUCGCAAGGAUUGCGCGCGGCUCUGGACGAUCCAUUAAAGAAGUCAACGAAGUUCUUAUGCAACACAAAACUUUCGAAAAAAUCGUCUGCAGCGGCAUAACGAACAAAUUCAAGUCAGGUUAUGGAAAUAUAGGAGCAUCCCAACGAAUGGCCAAGCUAAUUCCACAAAAUGUUCUUCAACAAGUCGGCGGAUUGAGCGGUAUCAAUAACAUAAUGAAGCAGAUGGGCGGAAAUCUCAAAGACAUGUUCUAGCUUGACCAAAGUCCCUCUGGUUCCAUUUGCUAGUAAAGUUGCCCAUUUUGUGUAUAGAAAUGAAAGAUACAUCGCUCUAGAACAACGGUCUAAUUUGAUUUGAAUAUAGAUGCUCUUCGCUGCUAAGACUAGCGAAAUUGAUUGGAGAUUAAUUAACAAAAAAAACUGGUAUUGCGAGUCGUAUCGAGCUAAGUAUAUUUAGUGUUGGUGAAAAAAUAAAGACAUUUUGUUUUUACCGGCGACUAUAGCCUUUCUCAGACAUUUCCUUGACUAUAUCUGAUAUGGUCUCUAUCACUCUUUCAGCUAAAAUGGUCUGCUCAUCUUGAGUACUCGUAGGUGGCGGUCCCAUGUAAUUCGUGUUGUGUUGUUCUAGUUGCCUACUCAAUAGUCUGUUGUCUCUUUGGGUAAUAUUUUGAUUGAUGUUUCUUGUAUUAUCGCUAUUAUUCAAAUACAGGCCCUUGCCACUAUUCUGCCAUGUACGUGCUGGCUGGGCAUAUUGUUUGUGUCCUAAAUACCCAGCUUCGUUAGGAUCUGGAUAUGCGAACUGAUGGUAAUUAUACUGGCUGGGGUCAAAAUAAUUCAUUACAUUCUGAUCUGGCGGAUGAUAUAUCGGCCAAUGACUGUGUUGCCUGGUAGAGCCAAAGUAUUGUGUCUUAUUCUGUUCCAAAUACAUCGGUUGUCUAACGUAUUGAUUUGCAUGGCCGGUAUUUUUAAAUGAAUUACUAUUCCACUCUGGAUAUGCUGGUUGAUAACCACCGUAUUGGCUAGGACCUAAAUACUUGCUCGCAUUUUGUUCUGGGUAUAGCGUAGACUGAUGAUGGUAGUUGUAUUGGUUGGAGCCAAAGUAACUCGCGCUCUGAUCUAAUGGAUACAUCAAUUGAUGGCCGUAUUGACUAGCAGGGCCAAGAUAUCGAGUUGUAUGCUGUUCUAGAUUCAUCUGCUGUUCGUUGUAUCGGUCUGGGUGACUGAACUGCUUGAAUACACCCUGUUUUGGAUAAUACGGUGUUGAAUUAUCGUAAAAAUUCAACUUUUGCCUUGCGCUAUGCUCUGAGUACGCCGUUUGAGGGGCGCUUUUACCAAAAUUCAGGCAUUUAGCUAUGCUUUGGUCUACUACGUCACCCAGUCCGGUGUUCUUGAAAUUUUUGUUUUCAUUUUUGCAUGGUUUGGUCGGUUCAUUACCUUUGCCAAUACCAUGUUUCGUACUGCCUUGGAAGUUAUGCUUAUCAACGCUUCGUUCUGCCCUAUCCAAUUGGUUAUCGCUACCAUCGCAUUUUUGAUUGGUCCCAGCAGAUUGAAUAUUUUCUUCAAGACUUGAAAGCUCAGUAAUGCUCUGUUUUAAGCUUGUUGGUUUUUGACUAUCCUCCUCGUCGCCUUCCACAAUCUUGCUCACAGAAUUGUCAUUGUCAUCUUUCUUCAUCAAAGUGGCUUCCAUAUUGCCCCUGUCAUCAUUCUCGACUACCUUAGUCACCGGAUCAAUCUCAUUGCCCUUGAGUUUCAUGUCAUCUUCUAAGCUGUUCUUAUCGUCACUUUGUAUCUCUUCGUCCGUCAUAUCGUCGCUGUUAUUACUCUGUACUACCCCAUCAUUUACAGAACCGCCCUCUGUUUGUGCUACUUUGCUCGUCGAAUCUUCAUUGAUACAAUCUUGUGACGCUUCAUUUGCCGAAUCGCUACUGCUGUAACAUUGUAUCACAUCGUCUGUCGAAUCCUCAUUAUUAUGGCUUUUUGUUACUUUACCUGUCGAGCAGUCAUUCGCGUCAGUUUGUGGUGAUUCACUCUCUUGGCUGUUAUUGUCAUUAUUCUGCUUUAAAUGGUCUGAUUGGCGACUUCCAUUGGCAUCUUGUUCUAUCUCGUUAGGCUGCUCAUUUUUACCAACAUUUGAUUUCAAAUCAGCUGUCUUGUUAUUUUCCACUAUUUCUUGCUGGGCAUUUUCUUUGGUUUCCAUUUUAUUUCCCCAAAUCAGAUUCACAUACUCCAACCUUGAUUUUGCGAACCUGUCCCAGACUGGUAUGUUGUAUUUGGGUACGUCCUGUCCUCGAACAUGUUUUUUUUUCUGGUUCUAACACCUCUUUUGAGCGAAUCUGAUCUAAAUAUAUAUUUGUGAAUUUGUGUACGAGAUGAUGGUUCAUUGGCUCAAUGCUAGCCCAUAGAUGCUUGUAUACUGUUAGCAAAUAUAAGACGUCUUCCCUUGAGUACUGAAUCAUCACCUCGGUCAUUGGGCGAGUUUCCCAAUACUUCGAGUUAUUUUCCAUAUCUAGAUGAGCCUGUUCUUUAUGUUUGUUUUCCCCAGCAUCUGUGUACUUUUUUAAUAGUGUAUUCAAACUGACAGGCAGGGGUGUGUUUCCUGUACUCUGUCGCUGAUAGAUAGAAAACAUAACUUGUGUAUCUAUGACGUUUUUGAGGUAAACGUUUUUCGAGUGGUAAAGCACAUCCGAAUCUUGCCUGACGUCGUGAAAAACCUUGAUAAUAGACUCUGAUUCUAAAAUUUCUGCAAGCCCUCCCUCCUUGAAAAACUCUAUGCCACCUUUAAAAAUAUCAAACAGAUACACUAUUGUUCUGUCCGAAUAUUUGCUUUUGAAUGCAAUUUGAACUAAACACAAGCUUGCUUCUCUCCCCUUUCCACUCCAUUCACAAUCAGCUGCAACAAUAUCGCACUCUCUUAGACGAUUCACGGCCACUUGACAGUCUCUAAGCGUCUCAAUAGGUUUAUUACAAAAUUCAUCUGGAUGCAGGUAAGUAAUCGUUCAUACAAUCUUCUUGAUCCACGUUUUCACUAUACAAAACUAUGUUGUUUUGGGUCCUAAGAACAUGCAUACCUGAUUCGGAAAGCAAACGUUUUACUUCGUACUCUUGUUUUUUAACCUGUCGUUUUAGCUCCGAGAUACUUUGUUUACUAGAGUCCACUGAAAGGUUUUUCAAACUGUUUUGCCGUUGUGUUUCCUCAAACUCUUUUCGGCGUGCGGCACGAUAGGAAGUGUAGAGCUCGGGAUCCAGCGCUAUAUCCGCCGGGUUCCAUUUUCUUUUCUUUGGUUGAGAGGG